UUUUAUUAUUAUUUUGAUUUGAUGUUCUAGCGCGAUGAGGCUAGGCAAACCCUGCAUAAACCCUACUCUGAAUUCUGAAACCACCCCCUCCCUCAUACAUCCGACGAUGAAACCACAAUCCGCCGGAGUUUCCAUGGAAAACUCCACCGACGCCGCAACCUCCUUCACCGGCGACUCCGACAUCUGCCAGCAACUCCUCCACCGUUACGGUAACUCCGCCGCACCUCAACACCGCCACCUCUGCGCCACUGCUGCCGCCACCCGAUCCAUCAUCCAAUCCGAGUCACUUCCUCUCUCUCCUCUCUCUUACUUCGCCGCCACCAUUGACGCUCUCUCUCAUACUACUAAUGACGUCGACGCAGUGUCUGCGCUAUCGUCGUUUUUGGCGAUUGUGUUGCCUCUGGUUCCUGAGAAGUGUAUUGCGACGUCUAAGGCGGUUGAGGCUGCAGAGAUUGUGGUUCGGAUGGUUGAGAGUCAGUGUGAGGGAUUGCCGGUUUCGACUGUUAGGGCUUUGGUUAAGUGUUUGGGGGUUUUGAUGGAGUUUUGUGGUUUGGAUGAUUGGGAGUCGGUUAAGUUAGGGUUUCAGAUGCUUAUGAAGUACUCUGUUGAUAAGCGUCCAAAGGUCAGAAAAUGUGCUCAAGAUUGUGUUGUAAAGCUCUUCAAGUCUUUUAAAUCUCCUCUUGUCAAAAAAAGUGCAAGCAAGUUGGUGUUAACCUCAUUAAAAACAUACAUAUCGUUGGCAGUUAAAACAGUUGCGUCGGGAUCUGUAGAUGGAUGUAAAGACGAGACCAUAUCGAAAGGUGAACAUUUGGAGGUUCUUCAUAUGUUAAACCUGUUGAAAUUCCUGGUCCCUUGUUUGCCGAGCAAAGUCAUAUCAAAAGCUGUUAUGGAAUUACAAACGGCUAUAAGUCCCAGGUUCUCAGCAUUAACGAGGCAUGUUUUUGAUGUUAUCGACGAGAUACUUAGAUUCUUGGAAGCUGGAUCUACAAUUCCCGAUACUGAAAAGAUUGUCAUGACACUUUCCACGUAUAUAUCUAGGAAACAGAAUCCAGUGGAUACUAUUUUUUCUGCAACAGCCUUACUUGAUGCUUUUCUUACCAAAUUUCAAAUCGGCGAUCCAACCAAAUGGAACGAUCAUUAUUCAUUAAUCGUUGGGUCUAUAGCAGGUCUUCUGACAUCUGAGUCAACUGCUACAAAAGCUUCAAAUAUUUUGAAAGAAAUGAUUAACCAUCAUAUCGAUGUAGAGGUCCUUUUGAGUUCAGAGACGAUGCUUGCAGAUGAGAAUAGUGUCGAGUCCAAGGAAUCAAGAAUGAUGAAAUCGCUAUGUGAUGCACUUCUUAAAGUUGUUAGUACACAUAAAGGAAUUCCGAAUGAGCAUACUUUGGCUGUCAUCUCUGUUUUAUUUCUCAAACUUGGGAAGAGUUCUCAUAUCUACAUGAGGUGUGUACUUCUGAAGCUUGCCACUUUCAUGACAGCUGCAUCUGGAGAUACUUCUGAUGUAAAACAUCUUCAGGAGUGUAUGGGAUCUGCUGUAAUUGCUAUGGGGCCAGAGAAACUACUUGAUGUAUUACCUAUCUCUCUUGAUGCCAAUGAUCAAACCUGCUCAAAUAUUUGGUUGAUACCUGUUUUGAAGGAGUAUGUUGCUGGUUCAUCAUUGGGAUUCUUUAUAGAGAAUAUAGUGCCUCUAGCUGAAUCAUUUCAAGAGGAAUCUCAAAAAGUUAAAAAGUCAGUAAAUGGAGAAGAACUGCAGGCUUACGCGAGUGGAUGUUGGGGAUUAUUGCCAGCCUUUUGUCGCUAUCCAAACGACACACACAAGAAAUUUCAAUCUUUAACAAGACUGCUUAUUCCAUGCAUCAGAAAGGAUGCCUUUAUGCUCGAGGAUAUUGCCAUUGCGAUGCAGCUUCUUGUGAAGCAAAACAGGAGUUUCCUUGGUGCUGAGCAGGGCGCUGACGAGGCUUCCAAAUUCCCAAAACCGAAUUACUCAAAAAAAGCUGCUACUAAAAACAUCAAGGCAUUGUCUUCAUGUUCAGAGGAGUUGCUCAAGGCUUUCACUAAAGUUUUCUUCAAAGCGUCGAAGAAGAAACGUGUUUUUGUGAAGGAUGCCAUUAAAUGCUUGACACUAAUCACCGAGUCUGUGAUGAUUAAAAAGAUCUUCAUUUCAUCACUUAAAAGAUUACAGCAGAAUGUUUCUGCAGACAAAGUAAAUGCAAAAAGGUGUCUGAUCCUUGAGCUAGCAUCAUCAGUUGUUGGAGCAGCUAGCUUGGAUUUAAUCGAUCUUAUAUACAACUUUAUCAAACAGAGUUUGCAGGAAGAGGACGAAAACAUCCAGAGGGAAGCAUAUGCCACUCUUCACCAAAUUUUGGAGCAAUCUUCUGAGUUCUGUUCUUCAAAGUUCGAGGAACUUACGGAUUUACUUCUUGGUUUGAAGUCCCCUGAUAAUGUUACUUCACUUAGAUGGCGGCUUUCGUGCUUCAAGAACUUGAUAAUUCACUCAGUUGAGAUAACGUUGGACGGAGAAAACACAUAUGGUUUUCGUAUGCUAAAUGAAGUUAUUGUGACAUUAAAAGAUGGCAAGGACGAAAGUAGGAAAGUGGCAUAUGAUAUCCUUCUGGGGAUAAGCUCUACCUUGCAAAAAACAUCAUCUACACUUGAGAAAGGCCCUUAUUAUGAAUUCGUCAGCAUGAUAAUGGGCUAUCUCUCUGGAUCUUCUCCGCACAUAAAGAGUGGUGCAGUCUCUGCAUUAUCUUUAGUGGUCUAUAACGACUCAAAGAUAUGCACUUUGAUGCCUGAUCUUGUCCCGUCCAUCCUUGAGUUACUGCAUAGUAAAGCCAUUGAAGUUAUCAAAGCUGUUCUAGGGUUUAUAAAGGUGUUAGUUUUGAGUCUUCAAGUGAGUGACUUGCAGAACUUCCUGUCCGACAUUCUCAGUGGACUUCUGCCGUGGUCAUCUGUUUCUCGGCAUCAUUUUAAAUCAAAAGUAACGGUCAUCCUGGAGAUUAUGAUGCGGAAGUGUGGUUCUGCAUCAGUGAAAUCGCUAGUACCUGCGAAAUACCUGGACUUUGUUAAGGAUGUUUUGGAGAACCGUCAAGGCAAAACAAAUUCCCAGGAAACUGCUACAACUGGAACAGACGCAGGACUUUCUGAAACAACCCCCAACCGUAAGCCAAAGCUUAAACCCAAGGCUGCGGGUAGUUUCACCAAGAAAGAGCAUUCAACAGAAACCAGAAAGAGAGAGAGGGAUGAUAAAAACCGUCCAGAUAAGCCUCGUAAAUUUUCUUCACGAGGGAAUAAUACGACCAAAGACGUAAAACGUUCUGGUUUUGUGAAAUCAAGUGAGCGCCCAUCGCAAGGCGGGUUUAAAAGAAAAAGUUCAAGUUUUAAAAAUGAUAAUUCAGGUGGGAAGAGACAGAAAUAGUGGACCAAAGGAAGCAAGAAAAAUGCAUCUGGCUGAUUAUGCAAUCUAAUUUUUCAACCUCAGUUGCAUUUUGCGCUGUUUGGGAUGAUGAAGACUAUACACUAACGGUUCAUAUCGCCCAUGCCUCAUAUCUUACCAUGUUUACAUACAUAUGGAUUAAGAGCGUGUAGCCGAUAUAUUUUUUUUUGAUUUGUGCCGUUUAUUUGGGAAUGGUGUAUGUAGCAUAGCUCGGAAAGAAAAUGGAAUUAAAUUUAAUAUGUGUAGCAUCAUUAAUCAUUCAAGUUCAGUGGCCAUGUUCUUUAUCUUUUGCCCAUAUUUUUUACUG